AUGCAGCUGCUCCUGCUCCUGUUGGCCUUCUUUCUGCCCCCAAGGACAAGGGCAGGGGAGAUCAUCGGGGGACAUGAAGCCAAACCCCACUCCCGUCCCUAUAUGGCCUACCUUCAGAUCAGGGACAACGAUUCUGUAAGAAUGUGUGGUGGCUUCCUGAUACAUGAGAAAUUUGUGCUGACAGCUGCUCACUGUGCAGAGAGACCAUAUAAAGACAUUAUUGUCUUACUGGGGGGCCACAACAUCGAGAAACAGGAGAAGACUCGGCAGGUCACACGUGUAAAAAGAGCCAUCCCACACCCAGACUACAAUCCUGAAAAAGUCACCAGUGAUAUCAUGCUGCUGCAGCUGGAGAAAAAGGCCAACCCGACUAAAGUGGUGCAGCUUCUCAGGCUGCCUAAGGACAAGACCCAGGUGAAGCCAGGUGCCACCUGCCAGGUGGCUGGAUGGGGACUUUUGGCCCCAAAUGGGAGCUCUCCAAACACACUGCAGGAGGUGGAGAUGACAGUGCAGAAGGAUGAGGUGUGUGAGACACACUUUCAAGAGGAUUAUGACAGUGCUACGGAGAUGUGUGUGGGGGACCCAAGGAUCAAAAAAGCUUUCUUAGAGGGUGACUCUGGAGGUCCCCUCGUGUGUAAUGAUGUGGCCCAGGGCAUUGCCUCCUAUGGACCAGAGGGUGAGAUAACUCCACGUGUCUGCACCAAAGUCUCACAUUUUCUAGGCUGGAUAAAGGAAACCAUGAAACACUGCUGA